AUGCCGCGGGGCUUCCUGGCAGCCCUCUUGGGUCCUGAGGAUGCCCCGCACUGGGAAGCACCAGCCCCACCCCAGCAUCGUCCUUUGCAGGGCGUCAAAGACACGCCCCUUGACGCGUCCGUUGCGGUUUGCCCCUUUCCAACAUCCCGCCGCUGGGCACACCUCUCCAGUUUUUUGGCAGGUGAGGUCCACUUUCAUGCUCCGAUCGACAAUGCCGCUUCAAACUCAACCUACACGACGAGCUCGAGGGAGGACGACGACACGAGCCCCUUCUCUGCGAAACAAGCACUGGCACCCGGUACCGGCUACUGGUGCUCCACCGGCAAGCAUGAGCCAAAGGAUUUGGUUGCGAUUGAGACACCUCGGGCAGCAGCGAUUUGCGUGCCUGGCCAGUUCGAGCUCAGCUACGAAGUCGUGGUGGAGCGGAGCCGACUUCUCGCGUGCCGGCUGUCUGAACGGUUCGCGGCAGCACAGACGGAGCAGCAGGGUUCUGUGGGCAUUCUGGUCGACAGGACUCAUCCAGACUUCCUGCCGCUCCUGCUGGCAUGCGCUCGCUGCCUCCGGCCGUUCAUCCUCCUCAGCACUGACUUACCAGAUGCUGCCCGGCAAGACUCCAGGAACCGCUUCCUGGUCGAGACCUUGCGGCCAUGUCUUCUCGUUUCUGACACCUCAGAGCGCAUGGCUGCGAUCCCACUGACCGAAGGAGAGGACUGGAUCUCGCUGGAGGAUCCCCUGUUCAACGUGGAGCAGCAAGGGAGCCUAGGCCAAUCUGCUCUGGACCGCGUCCAACAACCGCAGCAAGGUGCGUCGGAUUGCGUGUUGUCGCUGAUGUGCACCGGCGGAAGCCAGCGGCUGAAAAUCGCCAAAGUCACGCAUUGCAUGAUGCUGCACGAGUUUCGUCACUAUGCGGACAUCUGCGGACUCGAGGGCGCUCCACCCAGGGUCCUCCAGAACUUGCGCAGCUUUUGGCCCGCCGCCGUUGUGGGCCAGCUCAGCCUAACUCUGGCACUCGCUGGCUGUGCCGUGGUGGCCACCACCGCAGAGCCCAUGGAGCUCCUCAGUUUAGUGCAAGCAGAGCAAAUUGACGUGGUGGGCUUGGUGCCGGAUCAGCUGAGGCUCUUAGCGCAGGAUCCGAAGAAGCAGCUCCCCAACGUGCGCCUCGUGAUUGCUUGGGCCGAGCGGCUGCCACCAGCACUGGCCGAUCGCUGGCGCGGCCAUCCGGCGAAAUUCAUCGAGCUGCUGAUAGCCACAGAGUAUUGGCUGUCCUUCUACGGCCAUCCGCUGCAGACCAAAGGAGAAGAUCGAACUGGCACGCUGCUGCAGCCAGUGGGGUCGACUGUGAAGUUUGCAGUCCUUGACGAUUCGCUCACUCCGGUUGCAGCUGGACAGGUCGGAGAGCUCUACCUUCAUGGGCCCAUGCUUUGUGCCGGCUAUGUCGAUGCAGGUGACACAGACGGCCAGUUUCUGAUGCUGCGAGGUCGCCGAUACUUCAAAACUCGAGACUUGGUUCGCCUGAUGCCGGGAGGAGGCUUUGUUUAUCACUCCCGGGCCGACCGGCAUGCCAAGCUCCGAGGACAGUGGGUGGACCUGGCAGCCUUGGAACAGAACCUGCAAGACACUGAGGGUGUCCAGGAGGCUUUCGUGCUGGAGGACGAAUCGGGCGAUCUCUUCGCCUUCCUUGCAUUGAGUGACAGCUGCCGACGUGCUUCGGGGUUGACAACAGCCUCCAGAGCCGUCAGCCGGGCCAAAGAGCUGCUUCCCUGGCGCGCGGCCUUGCGCCUUCGAUCGGCGCUGCCCAGAUCGGCCACUGGCAAACUGGACGGCCAGGCAUUACAGCAGGUGGUUGUGGCGGAGAAGCAUGCCCAAGAAGCCAAAGCCAUGGCACCACAUCUCAGACACCGGCUGAAGGAUACCUGCCGCAAGCAUGUGGCCUGUGCGCUGGCGCUGCUCUUGACAGCUUGUGCUGGGGAUGCACUUGUCGAAUCUCUGCUGCGGCUGACGAGCAGAAGCCGACUCUACGGCUCGAAACCUUCCCGGCCCAGUGCCUUUGGUUUGCUGAGCGCGGCCUAUUCCUGGCUGGCCAUGGCGCAGCUUUACCACUGGGGCCUGAAGCCACAGGCCUUUGUGGAUUCUCUGCCCAUCUCAAGGAUGGGUUCACUUUUCCUGCUCCACCUGGCUCCUGCCCGGCGCAUGAGAGGAUUGCUUACCGCCCUGGGUGCCAUCGUCGCAGGGCGCCGGCGGCUGUUCGCGUGGCCGCUGGUGUUUUGGCUGGGCUGCGGCGCCCAGCUCGACUUCGAGGCCGAGCGCAGCUUGCGCCAUGGCUGCGUGGCUGCCUGCACCAGGCUGGCCUCGGGCCUCAUGGAUUCCCUAGACGAGGCUGUCAAACAGCUGUGCUCGCGGAUGUGGUCAGCACUCUUUCCCAAAGGCUUUCGGACACGCCGGCGCUUCUGGCCGCGAGUGGCGCGAGAGACCCGGGACACCGGGAGCCAAUGGGAAGAGUAUCCGCAGGAGGAGCAGCAGAUCCUGGACUACGAUCGUUGGGUCGUCUCCCAACUCUCGGCAGUGGACGAGGAUCCGGGAAAGGAGGAUAGAAGUACUUGGCCCGAGAGGCACAGCAGCGCUUGGGACUCGGCUUCGACAAAAGGUGUGGACGUGAUCUUCUCGAAGUCUGCCUGCGACUGGGCUUUAGAGACCUUUGGAACUGGCUCAGAAGCUUCUGCAGCCGCCACAGAGCCGGAGUUGCCGCCGCUCGACCGUCGCGUUGUGGACUUGGUUCGGCAAGUCAUGCCCUCGGCCGGCGAUCUCGAGUCGCCCCUCAAAGGCCUCGAUAGCCUGCGCGCUGGCUGGCUCGCCGGCUCCUUGCAGAGCCUCGGCCGGGCCGUGAGCAGCGAGGCGGUCCGACGUGCAACGAACCUCAAGAGCCUGGUUCGCAUAGUGAAGGCUGCGCCCGCUACACCGAAAGUUACGCCAGCGGAAGCAGCUGAGUAUGCGAUUUGGUUCACACCGGGCCAGUUUCAACCAAUGAGUCCGUGGCUGACGCGUGCCGAGUCGCCGGCGGAUGUGCCAGCGAUGCGCCUAGCAGUGGAGGCUUUGCUGGAACGACAUCCAUCACUGCGAGCAGCCAGCAUCGACCCGAUGGCCUUGCGCGGCUUCGUGCUUAGCUGCGCCUCCCUCUUCGCCGCGAUCUUGGGACCAAAGACACCUGCAAGCCUCCGAUCGGCCAUCGGUGCUUUGCUUCUCCGCUGUUGGCCACGGGUGGCAGUCGGUGUGCCCCAUGUUGAGUCCAGCACAGACACAACGGUCCCCUUCUCGGUCCUGGAGUUCACAGGGCAAAGUGACCUGGAGAAGCACUUGCAGAGCCGAGGCUGGCAUUUGACCAAGCCGCCGUUCGAAGUGACGCUUCUCCAGCUGAAUGUCGCGCUCGAGGGGGUAUGGGACUGCCAAGGUGGACAUAUCUCUAUCGUUCGGGUGGAUGGAGAUUUGGUCUAUGUGGAUUCGCAGCGCUGGCAGGCCGCGGUGCUCCGUGCACCCGAGGAUCCCCGAAGUCCGCCACCGCCGGUCAUGAGUCGUCCGCUGCUGGCCGGACGUUUGGGCAGUGCCGCAGUGUGGUUGCGGGUCGUCGCUCCGGGGGAGAUGCAGGUCUGGUGGCAAUCCGCGCCCGGCGUGGAGCCCUUCACUUUCUCGGCCACCAGGAUUCCGCAACACUACGACCGUCUGCACACCAUCUCCUUCGUCAUGAUGCAGUGCUAUCAUGCCUUCGGAGAUGGUUACUGUUACUCGCCGAUUGCAUCGGACCUCUUCGAUGCCUAUGAGGCUUGCAGAGCCCCUGAGCCACGUGAGCUGCCACCAGCCCGUGACGAAGCUUUAGGAAUUUUGCAACGUCGCCUGAAGGAGACUUUGUCCUUCCAGUCGGAAGACCCCUCGCGCCACUCGCUCCGUGGAGCUUUGUGGGGCGCCUGCUUCAACGGCUACUCCAGCGAUGUAACUGUGGAAGGAGAGACGCUGGCAGUCUUCAAGGCGGUGGCAGAGAGGUAUGCCCUGCCCAUGAACUACCUGCUUCUGGCCAUCGUCGUCGUAGCGAAUGCCAGGGCAUCCUGCUGGGCCGAUGUAGAAAUGACUUUAUACGUGCCGAUGAGGGAUGGCUUAGAAGCAGGCAUGGUGGGGCUCUUCGCAGAUUGGCGCGACAUCUGUGUUCCGACGCAUCUCGAGGAUGCCACGAUACUUGGUGUUCUGCUCGAUGUGGCCGACAUUCUGCGGCUACGGCGGUGGUCGGUGUUCGAUGCUGUGCGCAAAGGUGAGAGGACAGUUGUCAACUUCGAUCUUCGCGACUCGCGCCGCCACGACGGAGGCUUCCGACAGGUCCCAGAGGCCUUCUGGAGGCCGGGAAGACAGGCAUCCGUCGCGUGGAGCCAAUGGGAAUGGUUGUAUCAACCGCUGCAGUUUGAUAUUGUUGAAGAGCAUUCUCAGCGUUGGUGCGUUCAUUUGCGGAUGUCCUACCAGAUCUACCCACCAAGCUGGUGCCGGCGAUUUCUUCGAGCCUUCCAGGACGCAGCAUGGGACGUGGUCUUCCAGCCCUUGCAGCAUGUGCACAAGCCAUUCGUGGUCGUCCCUUGGCACAAGUCGAAAGAGGGCGGAGUCUCGUUCCAGGAGGACUACACGCCAACUUCGCCAAGACCACAAGAUAUGAGACCUGCAUGGACUCGAUGCCGAUUAUCGGUAACUUACCAAAGGGACUGCGCGAGGCCGGCAUAG